AUGGAGGCUCCAGAAGAAGCUGAAUUCUGCUUUCCCCACAUCAACACCUCCUGCAGGAGGACAACGGGUCCUUACGUGGAGACCAUGCUCACUUACAUUGUGCUGUCAUGCAUCGCGAUACUCACCGUAAUCCUAAACCUGCUGGUCAUCAUCUCUAUCUCACACUUCAAAGCAUCAGUGUUGUCAGUGUUGAUUUUCUCUGAUUUCAGGCAGCUCCACACCACCACCAACCUCCUCCUCCUCUCUCUGGCUGUCGCUGACUUCCUUGUGGGUCUCCUGCAGAUGCCACUUGUUCUCCUCCAAAACCAAGGCUGCUGGUUCUUGGGUGACAUCAUGUGCGUUGUCCAUUAUUUCUUUGCUGCCCUCGUUGUCAGCGUUUCAGUGGGAAGCAUGGUGCUCAUAUCAGUCGACCGCUACAUAGCAAUUUGUAACCCCAUGUUUUACACCACCAGAGUCACUCUGACCAGAGUUAAACUCUGUGUUUGUCUGUGUUGGACAUUUUCCAGUGUGCAUGGCAGUUGGAUAUUCAGGGAUGUCUUAAAACAGCCUGGCAUGUAUAACACCUGCUAUGGAAGUUGUGUAGUUGUGGUCGGUUUCGCUGAAGGACUUGUUUAUUUUAUUGCCACGUUUUUAGGCCCCAUUUUAAUCAUAGUAGUUCUGUAUUCGAGAGUGUUUGUGGUGGCUGUGUCUCAGGCUCGGGCCAUGCGCUCUCACAUCGCAGUCGUCACAGUGGAGCGUUCCCAGACUGUAAAAGCAAUGAAAUCUGAGAUUAAAGCAGCCAGAACCCUUGGUAUCGUAUUGAUAGUUUUUCUUCUCUGCUCAUGUCCAUAUUAUUGUUUUGCUGUUGCAGCUGAGACUACCUUGGCCGGGGCAUCAUCUGCGAUGAUUAUGAUUUGGUUAGUCUACUUAAACUCAACCUUUAACCCUGUGAUCUAUGUCUUUUUCUACCCGUGGGUCAGAAAAACCAUCAAACACAUUUUCACUCUUCAGAUUCUGCAGCCUGGCUCCCGUGAAGUGAGUGUGAUGUAG